AUGGGUUGGGGACUGUUUCAUUUACACAAACUCGACAACCGAUUAAACUACCUCGUCGGUGAUCAAACCUACACGAUUUCACACUUCGAUCAGCCAAUGUACCUUCUUGGAUAUCUCCCCCGGGAUGGGCGAAUUUAUCUUACCGAUAAAGAACUCACAACCGUCUCCUUUGCGCUAUCUCUUUCUGUUGUCGAGUAUCAAACCCUUGUCCUGCGAGGUGACAUGGACUCUGCUACAGAAUUAUUGGAGGAUAUUCCAAAAGAUCAGAUGAACAAAAUUGCCCGAUUCUUGGAAGGCCAGGGCUAUAGAGACCUUGCGCUCGACGUUGCUACCGACCAGGAACACCGCUUCGACCUUGCUCUCGGGCUCGGAAAGCUUGACAUUGCAUUGGAAAUCGCUAAAGUAACAGAUGUUGAACACAGAUGGAAGACUGUCGGCGACGCUGCUCUAGCAGCAUGGAAUCUAUCUCUAGCCGAGGAAUGUUACUAUAAUGCCAAAGAUCUUGGAUCCCUACUUUUGCUGCACUCGUCAAGCCGAGACAGUGCCGGCCUUCAGAAACUGGCCGAGCAAGCAAAGCAGUCUGGCUCGCACAAUAUCGCGUUCUCUGCUCUGUGGCAGCUAUCUGACGUGGAUGCAUGCAUUGACCUCCUCGUCCAAACCAACCGUUUUGUGGAGUCUGUCUUCUUUGCCCAGACUUAUAAGCCUAGCCGCACUCCAGAGCUGACUGUCCAGUGGAAACAGAGCCUUGAGAAAAAUGGCAAAACUAAGGUGGCUCGUAUCAUAGGUGUGCCACCAGGUGUCGAAAAUGCUGAUGAUGACCUUUUCCCUGAGUGGGAUAAUUAUCUCAAACUCGAAGCUGAGGGUGGUAUAAAAACCGCAAAUUUGAUCGAUAUUGAUGCCAAUGGCGAUGAGGAUGAGGCAGCCACUGAGGAAACUGCAGAAGAACCUGUAAAUGGUGCUUCCGAGUAA